GAAAUGGUUGGACUUGUUGAUCUUGGAGGUCUUUCCCAACCUUAAGGAUUCUGUGACUCUGUGAUUCUCUAAACCUGCUCUCCUUCAGCUUGAGGCCAUUGCCCCUUAUCCUGUCACUCCAUGUGCUUGUCCAGAGUCCCUCUCCAGCUUUCUUGGAACUUCUUUAGAUACUGGAAAGGGCUCUAAGGUGUCCACAGACUCUUUUUUCUCCUCCAGACUGAACAAGCCCAGCCUGUCUCUGCAGCAGAGAGGCUCCAUCCCUCUGAGAAUCUCCGUGGCCUCCUCUGACUCGCUCCAACAGGUCCACGUCCUUCUUGCACUGGAGGCCUCAGAGCUGGAUGAAGCAAAACUGGGGUGUCAUGAGAGCAGAGCCUUUUUUUCAUGUGUUCGUUUCAUGCGCGUGCCAGAGGAGCUCUGGGCUGCAGACUCUGGUGGCCCCCACUGUUUGCACCCCAGGGUUCCAUGCAAACCACUUUUGGAUCUGCACAGGGCCAUGAAACACCCCACCAGUUCAGUUUUAGCAAAGCCUCUAGGACACGAAACAGGUAAUUUUUUUUGGCGGUGCCCUUCGUAAAACAUUUUGCGGUUGGAACAAAAUGGAGAUGUAAAAAGCUUUGAGACAAUUAAAAUAUGUGAUUUCUGGCUCACAUCAGAGAGAAAAAUCAAGUAUAACAUCUUGCAAAAGGACUUCCUAUAAAACCAGAAAGAUUUGGUUUGAUGCAAAACAACUGGAUGUUGUUCAAAAUGACCUCUAGAGCAGAGAUUGGUUCAAAUUCAGUUGGGAAGCUGCUUUGCAAGGAGAGGAACAGGCUCCCUGAAUCCAUAACAUUUCAACCUGAACUCGUUUGCUCCUCAGCAGAGAUUUAAGCAAAAUGCUUAUGGAUAGGCAGAAGGAGGGCACAGAUGUGAUUUGGGGGAGUCUACACAGAACACUCCUGGUCAGAAGGCAGUGAUCAAAUUUCCAUGAAAUCUACAGCUCUAGGGAUUGUGAACUUGUGUUUUCAGAUGGGAAGACAGGUACAAUUCUUUAAGAAGGGGGAAGGUGGAAAUGGCCCCAUCCUGCUGCUCUGAAAUAGUGGUUGGUGGGCCUGUGGGUUACUGGGGUGAGUAACUGAUGCAUUAAACUCUUCACACCAGGUUAAUUUAUGGAGAUGUGCAAUAUUUUUGUCACCGUGACCUUUUUGGGUUUGCUUUGAUAACUUUUCUCUCUCUGAAAAUUUAGGUUCGUAACCUGAUGUGCAGCACAUGAAUCUGUUUACAAGGAUAAAUGAGUGAACACUGUUAUUGUUUGGAUCUCUUUCAUGUAAAAGGAGAGGAGGACAGAACAGCCCCCUUCUCACCUCAGCAUGCCCUACUGACCCAGCUUCAAAGAUGUGAUUCAUGGCACCUCCAGCACAAAGAUCAGGAGUAGUUUCUGGGUUGAUGCAAGAGCCCCACAGGACACAAGGAAGAUGAGGAUGGGAGGAGCCUGGUUGGGUCUGCCCCUGGGACACCUGCUGGCUCUGGGACACAGGCACAAAUGGAGAACCAUGAUGGACUUCAGAAAGUUCAGGCUGUUUUUUUGCCUCCUCGGGCUCAGCUGUGGCAGCUUCUGGUUUUUUUACAACUGGACCGAGUUCUGCGUGUUCUGUGAGAACAGCCAAGGUUACCUGUUCCCCACAGAGCCUUUCAGGAGGAUAGAAGGAAACUUCUCCCAGCUCCCAGACAUAGACUGCCACAAGAACCCUCCUUUCCUCGUCCUGCUUGUGGCAUCCUCGUGCCAGCACCUGGAUGCCAGGAUGGCCAUCCGGCAGACGUGGGGCAAGGAGAGGACGGUCGCCGGGAAGCGCCUGGUGACGUAUUUCCUCCUGGGAAGUACUGUGGAUCCCAGCCAGCAGGCUGACAUCGCUGCUGAGGGCCAAAAGUACAGGGACAUCAUCCAAAAGAACUUCACAGACACUUAUUACAACCUGACUUUGAAGACCAUGAUGGGAAUGGAGUGGGUUCACAGGUUUUGUUCCCAGUCCAGCUUCGUGAUGAAAACCGACACAGACGUGUUUGUCAACGUUUUUUACCUCACUGAGCUGCUUCUAAGGAAGGAGAAGGCCACUGGGUUCUUCACAGGCUUUUUAAAACUGCAUGAGUACCCCAUAAGAAGAAGAGGGAGCAAGUGGUAUGUGAGUAGGGAAGAGUAUCCAGGAAAGACCUACCCACCCUUCUGUUCCGGGACUGGAUAUGUUUUAUCCAGUGAUGUUGCCACUCAGAUCUAUCAUGUUUCUGAGAGCGUUUCCUUCAUUAAGCUGGAGGAUGUGUUCAUAGGACUGUGCCUUGCCAAACUAAAAAUUAGGCUGGAGGAGCUCCAUUCAGAGCAGACAUUUUUUCCAGAAAGGAUCAGGUUCUCCGUUUCCCGCUUUAAGAAAAUCGUGAUGUGCCACGAAGUGGAACCACCCGAGCAGCUGAGCUACUGGAACCACUUGGUGACAGAAAACCGUGGAGAGGUGCUCUAGCACCUUCCCUGCCAGAAUUAACACACUGAAAUCCUUUGCUUUUACAGGGCUGCUCUUGACCCCAGCAAAACUCCCAAUUAACUCCAGGUCCAGCACGCUAGAGACUUUUUAAAUGGUUAUUUUAAUCAUAGAGUUAUUAAGGUUGGAAGAGACCUCCAAGAUCAUCAAGUCCCCCCUUGGACCUUAUGAACUAAACCAUUGUACUGAGUGCCACAUCCAGUCAUUCCUUGAACACCUCUAGAGAUGGGGACUCCACCACAUCCCUGGGCAGCCCCUUCCAAGGCCUGGCCACCCUUUCCAGGAAGAAAUUCUCAAUUUCUGCCUAAGAACAAGCAAAUCCCUUUCUCUCCCAUUCACUCCAUUGCGUCCCUUCUCUACACAAUUAUUAUUUUCUGGAAGAUCCAGGCCUGCAGCCCUGCCCUCCAAAUCCUGCUGCUAAAGGACUGGGAACGUUCCUGCAGUGACAAACUUAAGUCAAAGCACUUUUUGUUCAGAGACUAAAAUUUGCACCAUCCUCCUGGUGGCCCCUGAUAGAUUCCUGCACCCAUCUGUGCAGGUAUUUAAGGAAUGGUAUUUGGAGCUGUCAGGAUGCUCCUCUCCUGGCAGAGGGAACCACAGCCCUGCCCUUGCAGCGGGCUCUGUGUGGGCAGAGCUGCAUCCUGGCACAGAUCCCUCCUUCAGUCUCCACACAGGUUUUUUUUUGCAGAGAUGGAAGAAUUUUCCCAUGCAAUGCUCUUGGGACAACCUUGGGGACUGCAGGUCACCUGGUGAACGUGUAAAGCUGCUUCAUCUGCUCCCUUGGAUGUGUCUCCUGCUGAAAAUACCUGUGGUGGAGCCAGUGGAGGGUGUCUUUGAUUAAAACAGACCCCAGAGACAUCUUUUAUAUUUGUGGCUCACUUUGGUUGCCUGAAAGCUUCUGUAAAUGGUUUCCCAAGACUAAACUAGAGUCACUUAGGGUGAUUUAGACAUUUUUUUGCUGUGAGAAACUGGGUGCGUGAGAGAGAAGAUGGGAGGAUUUUUGUCUUUUAAACAAGACCCAGAGGGAUAAUGUGCUCAAGUGAUCCCUCAGGCUGGGAGCCCUAUUUCUCCUUUCAUUCCCAAGCAAAGAUCAUGAAAUCUCUGGGAUGUUUGUAGAUUCCAGAGGCAAAGAAUUGAGUCUUUACAGUAGAAGAUGCGAAAAAUACUUUUGGGCUGUGAGGAGGGAGAAAGGAGUUCCUAAAUCCUGCCUUAUGCUCCUCUUUUGAUUUUCUUUCUCACACAGGAAAGGUCAGUUUUAUCAGCAAAGAAGUAGCAAAUGCCUGUAAUAUGUGUGAAAUGUUUUUUUUUUUUUUUUUUCAGGGAGCAGUAAAAGUGGAGCUGUUCCCAAGGGGAAAGUGGUCUGGGAGCUGAGGAGAUUUGACAACUAGAAAGGCUCAUCCCCACACACCCACACGAGGGAGCAGUAGGAAAGACAGGGAAAGAGAUUUUAUUACUUUAUUUUUAUUGUUUCUUUUUAUUUUUAUGGGUGUUGGACUGUUCAGGUGUCUCUUUUUACUUGCCUGUGUCUGAAGAGCAGGACAAAUAUUUUCAGCAGGAAUAUGCCCCAAUCUGAAAAGUGUUUAGUAACAGUAAUAAUAUAUUAUUUAUUUUCUUCUGCUGUGGAGUAACCUGAGCUCAUGCACUGAUUUUUGACCACUGAUGAUGAAAAAAAUAUAUUUAUUUGUUUGGCAGAAGAAUAACCUUCUUCAUUUUAAUCUUCUUUAUUAAACUUUAACUAUUUUAUUAAAAUAAAUGAAAUAUUUAAACAGCUCAGUUUUAUUUAAAAUUCAGCUAUUUUCUGAAUACUUUUGCUGCUGGUGAGAUGAGUCAGGCUUUUUAAUGCCUGUUCUUUCCAUGUAACCUGCAGAAAUGCCUUUUGCCAUUCACUGCCCUUGUGCCCAAGGUGCAGGCUGGCUAUUCCUUUAAUUUAUGGAAAAAUGGUGAGCAAAAGGAAUGCUUCCUGGUCUUUCCUAACUCCCUGUCUUGUGGGAUGGAGGAUCUGUGAGCUGGGACAGCAUAAUCAGCCCGAUGUCAUCUUGGCCUCUUCUUGCUCUCAGAUAAUAAAAUAAUGAUAAAUAAUAAUAAUAAUAAUAAUAAUAAUAAUAAUAAUAUAAUAAUCCUGCAGUUGCUUGUAGGUCUCACUUCCAGCUCUGUGCCUGGUGCCAGCUUUGUCCCAGCUGGCAGGACCAGUCCAGCUGUGCAAUCCCAGGGAUCUUUGUCUCCAUUUGCAUUUGGGUGUGUUGAGCUGUUCACCUCCACGGGGUGUUGACAUCCAAGAGCUUUUGUGGCUCCUGCAGCUUCUGCUCUUCCCUCAGGCUGAGGCUGUGGGAGAGGUUUAGGUUUCCCUUCAGGAGCCAGAAUGUUGGGUUGUUUCCCUGGACUGUGGCUGCUUGUUAGUGGCACUAAGAUAUGUCCCACCCGAGCAGUUUGGGGCUUUGUAUCAGCAUAAAAAAAGUUACCCCUGAGGGCCAAGUUCUGCUUGACCUCUUGGCUGUGGCUUUUACUUUAGUUCAGGAGUGUUCCCAGUUACUUGGAUACAGCCACUAACUGGGAAGAUGGUGCUAUUCUCUCUUAAUCACUUCUGCAGACUCUACCACUACAUCUUUGGGGUUAAAUUCAAGUGCAAGAUGUCCCUGCCCACAGCAGGGGGCUGGAAGUAGGUGAUUUUUAUGGUCCCUUCCAACCCAAACCGUUCUGUGAUUCUAUGAAAUUCAGCUGCUCUGCUGAGGAAUAAGGUCCUCAGGAAUGCUCUAAGAAACCAUCCCAUUCUGGAUCCUGUUUCCACUGAUUAUAUGUUGCUAAGCCUCUGAUGGCCUAUCCAUAAGCAUUUUGCUUAAAUCUCUGCUGGGGAGCAAAUGAGUUCAGGUUGAAAUGUUAUGGAUUCAGGGAGCCUGUUCCUCUCCUUGCAAAGCAGCUUCCCAGCUGAAUUUGGUUGAGAACUGGCUGGUUCAGAACUGAUUUUGGUUGCUGCACGGAAUUUUUCUCCACGUCUGAUUUUCUCUGUGCUCACGUCAAUUAGAAAUUGAUUCUGUUAUUCGUAGAAUCAUAGAAUUGUUUAGGUUGGAAAAGAUCUCCAAGAUCAUCCAGUCCAACCAUCAACCCAAGACU